UCAGUUGACAGCAAGUAGGAGGGCUCUAUGGCAGGGGAAAAAAAGACAACACGAGAAAAAUUAGUAUUUUCUACCUUCAGAAAUUAAUGGCCAUGAGUUCGUAUAUGGUGAACUCUAAGUAUGUGGAUCCCAAAUUUCCUCCUUGCGAGGAAUAUUUGCAGAAUAGCUACUUAGGCGAGCAGGGGGCCGAGUACUACAGUGCCUCGCAGGGCGCUGAUUUCCAGCACCAGGGACUCUACCCACGGUCAAACUACAGCGAGCAGCCCUUUAGCUGUAGCAAUGCCCAGGGCUCUGCCGGGCAGCCGCGGGGUCACGGACAGGAGCAAUCCGGCCCGGCGAGCCACUUCCCCGGCCCAGCAGAGCAUUGUCCACCGCCUCCAAUGUCCAACUCGCGAGCCUGCAGCCAGCAGCCGGCCCUCAAACCCCCAAACGGCUCCGCAGUUAAGCAGCCAGCAGUAGUUUAUCCCUGGAUGAAGAAAGUCCAUGUUAACUCGGUGAAUCCCAAUUACAACGGAGGGGAACCUAAACGCUCCCGCACAGCUUACACCAGACAGCAAGUCCUAGAACUGGAAAAAGAAUUUCAUUUUAACAGGUACCUGACCAGGCGCCGCCGUAUCGAGAUAGCCCACACUUUGUGUCUCUCUGAGCGCCAGAUCAAGAUCUGGUUUCAGAACAGAAGAAUGAAGUGGAAAAAAGAUCACAAACUGCCCAACACGAAGGGCAGAUCUUCUUCCUCUGGUUCAAACCCCCAUUUACAAACUGGUUCCAAGGACCAUCAGACUGACUUGACAACUUUGUAGAAGAGGUGAAAUUUUCCAUUUCAUCCUUCGCUUCUGACCAGUACUGUACAUAACUGACACUGCCCAAGCAGAACCUGCAUGUAGCAGCUAAGGACACAAGAAACUGUCAUCUUUCUUUAAGGUACUGUUGUACA